GGAUUGAGAGGUAAGAGAUCCCCAAAACUUCGCUUUUCAAUCUCUGAAGCUGCUUUUGAAUUCUCAUGUUGAUUUCUUUGAAUUUGCAUCGAUCAAGUUUAGGUUUUUUGGAUUUGGGUUUCUCCUAAAUAUCUUCUUUGACCAGUGUGUGUGUGGUUUGGAUUUAUCCUUUUGGAUCUUUGUUUCUCCAGAAUAAGUACAGAAAUUGUAAUCUUUGUCAAAUUUUGUUUAUUUUGAGUUUCUUAGUGAACUCAGUUGGAUAACAGUGACACAUAUGAGAUUUGAGAUGAAUUUAUUUUCUGGUAAAUGCAUAGAGAUUAUUAAUGUUUCUUACUGAUUUGAGAAUUGCAAGGCAUUGUCCUUUGAGUUUGGUGUUAAAGUUAGCAAAUUGGUGACUAUCUCUAUUGAGUUUACAUGUUUUCUUGGUUGUUAUUGUGAGGAUUUAAGAUUUGCCUGCUUUUGUAUUUCUCUUUGGUCUUGUAAUGUCAGAAUUGUUUCUUUCUUAAAGUUGAUUUCUUUGUCAAUCUUUAAACAGAGAUCGAGGUGUUUUUGACGCAAUAGAAGAUCGUUCUGCGUGUUAUUAUCCAAGAACUGCUUUAGUGUUAUAAACAUUUGAGCAGAGAUGCAUUUGUGGCCAUCGUUGAAACUUCGAAACUCUUUCAAGAGCACUAGCCAGAAGAGAUAUCAAAGGAUGAACAGUGGGAAACAAAGUCAAAGCAAUCAGCAGAAACUCCUUGACGGCGACAAAGAAUCUGGAAGCCCCGAGAUUUCGUCUGGUGGUGGGUUUGCUGUUGUUUGUAGAGAUGUUGCCAUGGUUCUUUCUUGCUGCUACUGCUGUUUCUGCUGUGGAGCUUGCAUUGAUGAGGAGGAGAUUUGAUGCAAUCAUGUAAGCUCCUGGUGGAGGAGUUAAGUGAAAGAUUUUAGCCUUAGAAAACAUCAAUCUCUCAAAAUGUAAUUAGAAAUGUUGUUUAUAAUUAAUCUGAAUUCUUUUUCCACCUUUCCCAAAUCAAAUUUAUAUAUUAUGAUUGAAAUUCACGAUAUUGACUUUAUCAAAUAGAUAAGCAUGGUUAAAUGAUUUC